GUAAUUGUGAUGGCUUUCCCUUUCCUCUCGCCGCCGCGCCGUGUGCAUAUCCAUCCGCCAGAUGAAGUGGGAUUGGAGGAGGCAACGUUAAUCAAAAGGGGAAGAGCGUUCAGGCCCGUGCCAGACGAUCUAGCUGAUGAAGGGGCGUUUGCAACAUGGCUCCAGAAAAAUCUCCCCUUGGUGAAUGCCAUGUUUACCCCCUAUGGCUGGAUGGGGAUUGUAGAGUUGCAAGGGCGCAAUGAUCCACUUCCUCCUGAGUUCACUGUCCAUUUGCGUGAAGCUCACCCAGUUGAAGUACCGAAUUUGGUGCCCUUUUCCGAUGUGGUUUGCGACUUCACGCUUCCGUUCAGAGGUCGAGACGGCCUCGUGCAGAAGCUCGCACAGACGAUUGACGACCUUCACAACUUUCGCAUCUAGCGGGAUUAGCAGAGAGCAGGCACUCUUCAUCACUCUGGAGGGCCUUGCUGGAGUGGGGAAGACUCGAUUCCUUUUAGAGACCAAGGAGCAUGUUGGAGAGGAAACGCCGUAACAGGCAGAGACACAGCUCAAGGUACUAGAAAGAAUGGACACUACUGUAAAUCCGGUACCUUUACAUGAAGCGCUUCACGUAAAUUGCUAGAAACUUUGCUUUUA